UUAAUUAAGGUUUCAACAACAUUGUUGUUCGCAGCUUUUUGUUUUCGUUUCGAAUUAAGAUUAAAAUGUUAAAAAAAUGAAGAAAUUGUUUUUAAAUUUAUCUGUCGGCCGCAUUAUUCAGCGACUUUCCAAAAAAAAAGAAAAUUUUGGUCGUUUUAAUAAGGUUGUAUUGGGCAAUGUGUCGCCAGAACGUAGUGUGCCACUUCACAUUGAAAAACCAGAUUAUUAUUAUUAUUUCAUGCCACCGGGAGAUACCUCCUCUGGAGAACCAGAAAUAAAAACUGAUGAACAAAUUCAUCAAAUGCGUGUCAGUUGCAAGUUGACAGCGAAUACUUUAAAAGCUUGUGAAGGCAUUAUAAAGGCUGGAGUAAAAACUGAUGAGGUCGAUGCAUUUUUACAUGAACUUAUAAUAUCGUCGAAUGCCUAUCCGUCACCUCUACGUUACGCUGGCUUUCCGAAAUCUAUUUGUACGUCGGUAAACGACGUCGCUUGUCAUGGCAUUCCUGAUGAUCGGUGUCUAGUGGAUGGCGACAUUGUUAAUGUUGAUAUUAGUGUCUAUUAUGGUGGCUAUCACGGAGAUUGUUCGAAAACUUUUUUAGUGGGUAAUGUUGAUGAAGAGGGUUGUUAUUUGGUGAAAAGCACCGAAGAGUGCUUGAAUGAAUGCAUAAGCUUAUGCCGGCCUAAUGUAGAAUUUAAUGCUAUAGGCAACUACAUUAACAAAUUUUGCAAUGAAAAAGGGUUAAAUGUCAUUCCCGCAUUUAUAGGACACGGAAUAGGUACUUAUUUCCAUGGGCCGCCAGAAAUUUUACAUUUUAAAAACAAUUUUCCCGGUGCCAUGCAGCAUGGUAUGACGUUCACAAUUGAACCAAUUUUGACUUUCGGAGGUCCUGAGGUGGAAAUUCAAAAGGACGGCUGGACAGCAACAACGUUGGACGGCGCAAGAACAGCACAAUUUGAGCAUACUAUUCUUAUCACUGAAACUGGGGCAGAAGUGCUAACAAAACCUGAUUAGAUAAUCACUUCAAAUAAACUGAAAGUUCUAUUUUCAAUAUUUAUAUACUAAAGGAGCGCGAUUAUUUGUUUCUCGCAUAAAUAUAAAAAAUCUCAAAAAACAGGUUCAGUAUCUAAACAUAAA